AUGAAUGGUCAUGUAGAUAAUGUGAGGGUUAUAUAAUUUAUGAAAAUGAAUUCUAAGAACAUUCUAAUGUCUGCUGGUGAAGAUAAAUCAUUAAGAUUAUGGUCAAAUACUCAAUUGGCCAGACCAAAAUUUCUAUAAAAAAUUGAGGCUCAUUUAAAUGGAAUUUUAUGUUUUGUUCUAAAUCAACUUGAAGAUCUACUUAUUACUGGAAGUAGAGAUACGACAUUAAAAUUUUGGAAAAAAAAUAAUGACCUAUCAAAUGGUUGUAUCUUAGGAUCUUGUAUCUAAACUAUUCAAUAACAUACCCAUAAUAUAUAUGAUUUAAGUUUAUCCCAAAAAGAAGAUAAAUUAAUUUCUUGCUCUGAAGAUUCAAGAAUAUUAAUAAUUUCACUUGUACAAUCUGUCUGGAAAGUAACUCAAAUAAUAUAGGUUUAAUAAUUUGGAUAUAGAUUAUGUUUUCUUAGUAGUAAUAUUUUUACAUUUCAACCAAGAUUAGCUGAUUCAAUGAAUGUCUAUGAGCUAAAUUAGGAUGGCCAAUUUAUAAAAUCAUUCGAUGUUCAAGUAAAAGGAGGCAAUUAAGAUUGUAGAAUAUUCUUUCCCUAACAAUAUAUUACUGAAAAAAAUGUACUAAUUAAUAAAAAUGGUUUUCAUAUUAAUAUCAUAAAAGUGAUCAAAAACAAAGAGUAGAACUCACAAAAACAAUGCAAUUUAUAGCUUGUUGUGGAAUAAUCAAUCAACUUUAAUCAAGAGUCAACAGGACUGAUAUUUGGCCAAUUAAGUCAUAACGCAGAAUACUUAAUAACUUGGGAUGGGAAAACCAAAGAAUUGUAAAUGAGAUAGUUGCUUUAUCAAAAAAUUUGA